AAAAAUUAUGUGAUCUUUGAAACUAUAAGAAAAUGGCUUUUCUACAUGACCCUCUCUCCAGAGAUGAUGGUAAAACAAAAACUCUUCACAGCUUCCUAAAUAUUGCUGCGAGCCUUUUUGUCUCACACCUCUGCUUUUCUAGGCUGGUUCAUUGUAAGACAACAUGUGAGUGUUAACACAAGAUUUACAGGGCACUUUGUGUUUGUUCUGGGACCUAUUUGUAUCCUCAGACAUUGUGGAUAAGUUGAUAACAGUUGUAGUCAAGACUUAAAGCCUUCACCAGGAUCCACCGACUUUGUCUCUGUGAUGUGCAGGUUCUCUGUGCAGUAACCACCUCUGUUGCAUUAGAUCCCAGCUGGUGUCAGCGCUGUGCAGUGUCAAUUCUGAAUCUCAGUUCAGCCUUUGUUUGGCCAGACUUUGUGUGAGCAACCCUUUAUCCCUUUAUCACAGGGCCUGGCUCACGGGAGGCCCUUGACUGGCUUCCCAUCGGCGAACUCAGCAGUCUCUUUCGUUCCGUUCCUGAAUCUAAAACCACAGCUUUGCCCAUUCGCUGGCAAUCUUAGUGUUCAUUUCAGUUGAAGAGUUUGUUUUGAAGAGCUGGAGGGAUAAAAGGUCACAUCAUUAACUCUGCUCAUUUUCUUCCCACAAGGUAUUUGAAAAGAAAAUGCCGUUCAUUAGGAUGCUGAGGCGAGUGGGGCAGAGCCCAGCGUGUGUCUGCUGGACGUCUGUCCUGCCGGUCCGAUUUCUGGGCCUCUCCCCUCGGCAAAUUCCAGCAGAUGCUAACUUCCACUCUGCCUCUUUCUCUGACACAGACCAUCCACGGGUCUUAAUUACAGGGGGUCUUGGCCAGCUGGGAGUGGGGCUUGCUAAUCUUUUGAGGAAACGAUUCGGGAAGGACAGUGUGAUUUUGUCUGACAUAAAGAAACCCCCCGAUUGUGUCUUUCACAGCGGUCCAUUCAUUUAUUCUGAUAUCUUGGAUUACAAGAAUCUUCGGGAGAUCGUGGUAAACAACCGCAUCACCUGGCUGUUUCACUAUAGCGCUUUGCUCAGCGCCGUUGGAGAAGCAAAUGUUUCCCUGGCGAGAGCAGUGAAUAUAACGGGCCUGCAUAACAUCCUGGACGUUGCUGCAGAACACAACCUGCGAUUGUUUGUACCUAGCACGAUCGGAGCUUUUGGACCCACCUCUCCCCGGAACCCAACCCCCGAUCUCUGUAUUCAGAGACCCAGGACCAUCUACGGGGUGUCCAAGGUCCACGCAGAGCUCAUGGGAGAAUAUUAUCAUUACCGGUAUGGGUUAGAUUUCCGAUGCCUGAGAUAUCCUGGAAUCAUUUCAGCUGACUCCCAGCCUGGAGGAGGAACAACCGACUAUGCUGUCCAGAUUUUUCAUGAUGCCACAAAGCAUGGCAAAUUUGAGUGCAACCUGGAAGCCCACACGAGGCUGCCGAUGAUGUAUAUUGAUGACUGUCUCAGGGCCACCCUGGAGGUCAUGGAGGCCCCCGCCGAGUCCCUCUCCAUGAGGACCUACAACGUCAGUGCCAUGAGCUUCACACCCGAGGAGCUGGCCCAGGAGGUCCUCAAGCACGUGCCAGAGUUCCAGAUCACAUACAACGUGGAUGCCAUCCGGCAGGCCAUAGGUUGGUACCUGGCCUUUACUCGGAUAGUUGGCCGAUGAACUUCGAUGACAGCAAUGCUCGGAAGGACUGGGGGUGGAAACAUGGUUUUGACCUUCCAGAGUUGGUGACUACCAUGUUGAACUUCCAUGGAUCUGAAACCAGAGUUUCCCAAGCCAACUGAAAGAGUUUGAAAGAGGAGAUCAUGCGUGUCCUCAUCCACUGUCCAAGGAGAACUGUCAGCACUCCAUGGUUCUAGAUUCCCAAGAGCCUACAUUAUUUGGAACUGACUAAUAGGGCUAAAUUUUGGCAGUUCAUAUUGAACCGCUAGAUAAAGAAUGGAGUUAAUUUCAAGCAUUUUCAGAAUGUUGUAGGUACGGUGGUGGGGACUUGUCAGUUUUCACUGUUUGCCUAAACUUGUCUAAACACAUUCCACAGAAUAAGACUUAAGUCAUCCUUAGGUUCCAUUUCCUUAAUUAAGAUGAGCUGACCAUUUCUGGGAAGGUGGAAGUAUGUGACAUUUGUAUUUAAUUAGAUUCCAUUUAAAUAUUCCUCCUAAGACUCAAUUAUUCUCUUGACUAGCGACCAAAGAUUACAUUUUAAGGACUUUCAAAGAUGUACUCCUGAUUGAAAAGUCUUCUUUACUAUCCCAGCAGAACGUAAAACACGUUUGGUGUAUUCAUCUCCUGUUCGUCACGGUUAAGAUAUUUUGACACUGCCUCAACAAUUACCACUUCUAGUUUUUCUGUAAGAUGCUAGAUCUGUCGGAAAUUAAGAAUUUAAAGAUGAUGUAACCAGUGAAGAGUAGCCCCUCCCUUAUUUUGAUUGCCCUCCUGUUAGUGAGCUAAGUUUAAUUCCCAGGAACACAAUUCCCUGACCUGGCAAUGUCAGCAUCUAGGGAGAUUGUCUAAUAUACAGGUUUCUGGGCUAUGCCCCUUUAGCUUUACUCGUUAUGUGCCAGGUGCCACUGGUUAUUUGAAUCCAGCUGAGGCCCACUAGUCAGACUAAUUUAGACCAACGCAGUUUUCUAAAGAGCACUUGCUUGUUACAUCCUUUUUUUAGACCUUCCUAGGUUGAGCCUUCAGAAGAGCUACUCUAAACCCUCUGAUGCAGUUACCAUAUAGAUACAUCCAGGUUAAGUUUUUAAAUUAAAGUUAGGCCAAAUCACCAAUUUGUGAUGGUAUUUUAUGGCAAGGACAUGAGUAUGUUCUGAAAAUACUGUAAAUCCUGUCAUUUAUAAAAAUAAAUAUUUCUGAUGCAAUGACCGUAUAGAUACGUACAGGUUAACUUUUUUCCAGUGACCUCAGAAUGUACUACAUGUAAAAUCACUGGAAAGUGAGACUUCAAUUUCACAGAUUAAUCAUGGAAAUAUUUGAUAACAGCUAUCAAGGAUUAAAAGGCAUUUAUGUUACAUGCUUAAUAAUAAAAUGCUAUGCAUUUGGAGUUUUGAA